AUGUCUUCAAUCGAACAUAACCUACCUCCAACCCACGAGCGUCGUAACUCCCUCGAGAAGCACCUCCAGACCCGCCCGGACGUCCAGGACCUCAAGAACCGCCACAUCCUUUUGGACACCAAUGUGGCACCAGCCCUUCAGUCCGCCCGCCAGGAGCUCGACCGCCAGCGGGCUUCAGACAACCUGAAGAAGCACCUGGAGAAGCGACCUGAGAAGGAUGAAUUGGUUGAACGCAACAUCCUCCCCGCAACCUCCGCCGCUCCAGCUCUGCAGGCCCACGCCCGCGAACUCGAGAAACACAUGCUGGCCGACAGCCUCGAACACAAGAUCCAAAACAGACCUCAGCCCGAACAGCUGAUAUCUCAGGGGAUUCUUUCCGAAGAUGAGAACCCACGAUCGCCGUUUUGA